AUACGUAGAUGUUGGUGGUAAAUGCACCUUUAAGUUGGUUUGACAACCGCCAAUAAAAUUAAAAUAAUAAUAAUAAGAAAAUACGCAGAUUCAUUUAUUUACCAGCUAGUUACAGUGCAGCCGAGAAACAAGAUAAUCUAAUUCAAGUGCUUUUCCCGUGAUUAGACAUGGCCGAGCCACGCAGCCCGGUGUCCGCUCCUGUAGCCCACAACCCGAUGGUGCUGCCCGCCCCAGAGGGCUCAGCGCUUGAGAUGGACCCGAUGGAGUACACCCUCCGCAAACGUCUGCCGCGCAAGCUGCCCAAACGACGGAACGACGUCUACGUCAACAUGAAAACAGACUUCAAGGCCCAGCUGGCGAGGUGUCAGAAACUUCUGGACGCUCAUAGGGAAAUCUGCAUCCACGGUCUGGGACUGGCCAUCAACCGGGCCAUUAACAUCGCCCUGCAGCUCCAGACGUCCAGCCAGGGUGCGCUGCAGCUGGCGGCCAACACAUCCACCGUAGAGCUCAUAGAUGAUCUGGAGCCCGAUGACCCGGAUGAGGCGGGGGAGCCGCUGACACGCACCCGUAAUAACUCCGCGAUACACAUCAAGGUGUUUUAUCCCAACCCAACUUCUAAGACUCAAUAAACAUCAAUGUUACGUUUCGAGUUAUGUGUGAGUGGUUUAAAAGUGAUGUCUGUUUUAAUUUGUAUGACUUCUGUUUUGGUUCAGCCUGAGGCUUAUUUAAUGAAUUGCUGUGGUGUUCUUGACUGUUUCAUUUGAGACACAAUGUAGAAAGGAAAUGUGCCGAAUCAUAUGUUUUUCCCACUUUCGGAAACAGAAAUCAGUUUAUGUAUUUGUUUUUUCUCAUGUAUAGUGAACUUGUUGUAACCAAAAGAUCAUGCAUCAGUUGUGUUUUAAAGCUCAGUUAAAUGGAAAGUAUAAAGACUUUGCUUUUU